AUGGAAUACACGGUCUAUUUAAGUCCAUUUUCUUCGCAGCGACUUCGACGACCCAUGAUUAAAGGCAUGCGGGGAAAUAUUGAUUCGGGACAAGUCACCCUUGGAGGCCAUUAUCGAAAUAAGAUUCGAAUUCCCUUAUGGGUUUUUGAGAUUUUCGGUAGAGUAAAAAUAGUAAAGCAGAAAAAGACCAAAGACAAAGCCGUUGUUAUCGUAUUCGUUUUGUAUCGUACUAUCGUUGUGUUGAUAAUGUCCACGGGUCAAAUACCGGUAGUCUGA